AUGCUAACCAACCUCGUUGAGGAUGGCACACUGAAAUGCUGUCAGUACUGGCCAGAUUCUCCAACCCAUACGGAUACCACGGUGGAUCAAUCGAAACUGAGCACCACCAAUUCAACACAGCGUUUUGGCAACUUGCUUGUCCAAUCUGUGGAUAUCAUUCCGUAUGCGCAUUUCACUGUGCGUCAGUUCCAGCUGACUGAAAUGACCACGGGAGUGAUCCAGAAUGUGAUGCAAUACCAUUUUCAUAGUUGGAUUUCUCCGGAUGAAAAAGUUCGCGAGAACAAACUGAACGGCUCGGUGGGUUCGAAAUUACAGCCUGGUGGUGAUGAGUGGCAACGACAUUUGGACACACCCUUGGGAAAUCUGUUCACGAAAUCGUCCAAUAUGGGUGGCACGUUUGAUCGCCUGGCGUUUAUCGAAUUCUACUAUCGCGUGAAAACUGCCAGUCGUCCGGAGGACGGCCCGGUUUUGGUUCAUUGUGGCACGGGUUUGAACCGGACCGGGCUUUAUAUUGCAUUCGAUUCUCUCUUACAACAGGCCACACACGAACGUGUGGUUGGUGUGGCCCGGUUCUGCGCGUCUCUGAGCAAAUCACGGGCGAACAUGUUUCGUUCCACGCAACAUUAUGUCUUGCUCUAUGAUCUACUGUUCGAAGCCCUCCUGGCCGGUCACAGUAUUGUCGAUUUGGAUGUAUUGAGCACAUAUAGGAUACUUAAUCAAAAGAAUCCCAAAUUAGGACGCUCGUAUUUGUGGGAACAGUGGUCGCUGCUCCAUAUGUAUACUCCGGUACCCGACCCAUCUACGGAUUUGCGUUCAGCACUGGUUGCAACUAACAUUCAGAGAAACCGAUUUCCUAAGGUUUACGAUCUUCUUCCACCGGAAAGAUGGCGCCCAAAGUUUCGCAGUGCACUUAAUCUACCCGAUUGGACCGGUUACAUCAACGCGGUCUACGUGGAUGGUUCCGCGCUACGAGAUGAUAUCAUACUCACUCAAACUCCGUUCAUCCAUACAGUAGACGAGUUCUGGUUGCUGAUCGACGAAGAAAAAGUUUCUUGUAUCAUUGAUAUGGAACCGUUCGGAUACGGGACUUCGUCCGCUGUGCGUUAUUGGCCGUUGAAAACCGACGAGAAUAGCAAUGCUCCGCUGUUUGGCGAUCCGUGUGAUCAGCAACCAGAACCACAGACGGACGACUCGAACUGUGAGGUCUCGGAAGAUCAUGUGCGCAGUGCUUGGUGCUCUGUGGCCGGGGGGUUAAUGGAAAUAUGUCAAAUUGGAUCGCUUACACCCGUUCGAUUGGAUUCGAGUGCUCGUAAAAAAGGAACAAAUCAUGGCAUCUAUAGACGCCGUUUACUCCUACGAACUCGGACCAACGGUGGAGCUCGAGAGAAGUCGAAAGCACGUGAGGUGCUCGUGUUUCACUUUGCUUGCGAAUGGAAUAAUAGCAAUCAAGUAUGUUUGGUGUGA